AAUACGUUAAUAGCGGGUAUUAUAAAGAUUAGCUUCGGCCUAAGUAAAGAAAUCGUCGCCCUAGGUAUAGUAAAAAUAAAAACGUACUUCGGAAUAAUAACUUUUUAUAUUUUAUUUAUUAAUACCCUAUUUCUCUUAUAUUUAAAAAAUAUAGAUCGACUAAGUAUUAUAUUUAAUAAUAUAAAGAAUAAAAUCUCUAGCGAUAAGUACUUCGAAAUAGUCGAACGAUAA